CAGCUGCAAUACUCAUGAAGCUGUUGUGUUGUUGCCCGGGCAUUGACCGACGGCGGGCAUUGAGUGCACGGAUACUGUAAGGUGUAGCGUGUAGAUCCCCCGCAUUCCACAUCCGCCGCUCGAGGUGCCGUUUAAGAAGGCCUUCAAAAGCACAGUUAGCGCUAUUACUCUCCUGCAGGAUACGCUCAUAGCCCUGCCGUGUGGAUAUGCAGAACCAAAAAGCAUCUUGUGUCUGCAUCUUUUGCUCACGUGAAUUUACCAGAAGCGAUGCAUUGAAACGUCACUGGAACUCGUGCAGUAUUCGACGGGCUCGGAAUUCUCCCAUUCCGACGGUUAAGGCCAGAGCGCGGGGACGCAAAACGCGGGCCUGCGACCUAUGCUGUCAAUUGAAGAAAGCUUGUAAUCUUUCCCAACCAUGCACAUUAUGUGCUUCGCGAAAUCAAGUCUGCGAGUAUAGCCGACCGCAAAAGAUCAGCCGUGAUCACAAAGCAGAGCUUAAUUGCGACAUUAAUGACCUGGAUGCUUACAGCACGGAGACCAACGAUACGGUGGAAUGCCGUAUGGAUGGAGACCUAGUCAUACCUUGCCGGGAUGUUGAUACUGGAUUCGACAUGCGCGUAUAUGAAUCGGUAUUUCAGACUUUAGAUGACACCGUCGAUCACCCGGAGACCACCAUUGCCAAUCCUGACCAUGACAUAGAACUAACGCUGCCGUCUUCUCCGCGCAACCCAGAUUGUCGGAUGCAACUCAGCUCCUGGAAUAACCCCGGUUCACUGUUCAUCGAGCAAAACAUCAUUGCCCCGUUUUGCCAGCGUCCAACACAACUUAAUAUCAACACGUUGAUCGACUUUCCCUUUCUUGACAACUUCACUAAGGCGACUGGCUUUGUCAGCUCAUUCGGCUGUGGCACCAAGCAGCAAAGACUCUCCAUCACACUGGACCCAAUCAGGGCGAACCCGAGCGAGAACGCCACGCCUAGGGAAGAAAGAAUGCUAAACACGGCUACGCACUGGGUUGAGAUCGCCCGAAACAUGCUGGUUCAAGGGAGUAAGGACACAGCUGAUCCAGGUGUGUCACUGUACGUGACGCAUAGGAUUGUUGAUCAAAUUCGAGAGACAGCAAUAAAAACACAUCACCGCGGUUCAGCUGGCAUCCAUUGGUCACCUUCCACAGAAGCCCUUUGUUACGAUUUCUUCAAUCCGAAGAACCUAAACAAGUGUUUAGCGCUCUUUUGGUCUUGCUGGUAUCCGAAUUGGCCCACGAUACAUGCACCAACUUUCAAGGUGGUAGAGAAGUCGCCGUCACUCAUUGCUGUAAUGGCUCUUGUUGGUGCUUGCUUGUCGGCGGAAGAUCGCGAUCAUGCCUCAGCUCAACUUUGGUUUGAUUUGGUCGAAGACCUCGUCUACAGUGAUGCCGCUUUUGACGAUCAGGACAUUUCGAACACGUGGAAGGAACCGACAGAUACCGAUCGUCGAAGCGCACACUUGCAGACCCUCCAAGCAGCUUACUGUGUUUGCCUGUAUCAGACUUGGGAGGGAAGUAAGCGGAGUAAAAAACGUGUUUUGCGGCAAAGGUUUAAUGAUCUUGUUUAUCUAGCACGGGAUAUAGGACUAGAUCAAGCUUCACUCAGGUCGAUCGAUACGUCUGACCCAGCUGGUUUUGACUGGGAGGAAUACGCUCUUCGAGAGUCGCUCAUCCGCAUCUGUUCGUAUAUCUGCAACAUCGAUGCCAGUUACGCCCUAUUUUUCCGCCAUGUACCUCGUACCACUUUAUCCGAACUGGUCAUGGAGAUGUCGUCCCCAGAAUCUUGCUUUCAAGCUUCGUCAAAAGAAGAGUGCUUCAUUGAACUCAAGGCCUGGCGUGAAAGGAUGGGCAGUGACGCGACUAAGAUGAACGUCUUGAGUGCUGUCAUUGCACUUUGUGAUAACGCGAUCAUGACAACGCCAGCGAUGCGUCGCACUUUUGCUCAACUUAGUGUCCUCAACAUGUUCACCAUCGUCCACGCACUAUAUCUGCAGGUUUAUAGCCUGGAAAACUCCGCAAUGACUGCGCCAGAUACAACAGGAAUGACCUCAGUCGAGAACGCAUUGCGGAAUUGGCAGCAAUCAUGGCCAUCGAAUACGCGAGAUAUGGAGUUAGUUGAUCUAUUGGGAAAGGAAAGUGAUUUGUCGACGAUGUGGCAGCGUAUUGGCUUCAUGAGAUAUGCACCUGAGUACUGGCUGAUAGCAUAUUCGACAGUAAAGAGGAUGUACAAGCUGAACGAUGGCAUUCCUCGGAUUUCGGAAACUGUCAUCACUGUUGGGAAUCACGACAUGAUCGAGGCACGAAGGCUGAUCGCUGAGCUGAGAAGUGGAGCCAUUGUUCCCGUUGUGGACAGCUAGAACAUUCAGCUAACUUUCCAAUUGCUUGCUAUUUGCCCAAAUCCCCGCUGUUAAAAGUGACGGCAGCCUUUAAACCAGGUAUCUCUCUGGAGAAGACAGGUGGCCCACCAAACAGCCGCUCGAGAUACAGUAAAGAAGGCCGUUCGUCGUCGCGCCGGUCUCGAAUACCCUAAAUAUUCCCGGUAUUGCCUCUAAUUCAUAGUCUUUUCAAGACUUUUCACAUCCUUUUUGACGUCCUUGCGCCUCAUCGACAAACAUAACUAUGAAUAUCUCUAGCACAACUACCCAAUCCUUCUGUUAUUCCCCUGAGCCUACCAGCCCGAACUUGAGAUCCUGCGCCCAUCUCGGCCAGAAUCGAAGCAGCGAAUCUCGCUGAUGAUGCUUUGGGAUACAGAUCAUGCCGCUUUUGCCGUUCAA